CACACACACACACACACACAGCAUUCCAGAACAGCUGAAGAGGAAGAUGGAGGUCACUGCUCGUUGUGCUGCUGUGCUGCUGCUCCUGCUCAUAUCUCAGGCCCUGGUUGCUGUGCACUCACAGGAGGAGGAGGAGGAGAGUAUCCAGGUGGAGGAGCUGCAGGAGGAGGACCAGCAGGUCAUUGAGACAUGGACACGGAGCAUCAAAGCCUGUACGUGCGACUGUGAAUCCGCUGCUCCACCGACACGUACCCCUCCCACCAUCCCACCUGCCCUGCCGACCACGCUGCCGCCUCCGCCUCAGGGUCACCCACUGAACUGCAUGCCAGAAUGCCCCUACCACAAAGCCCUGGGCUUUGAAUCUGGAUCUGUGACAUCAGACCAGAUCAGCUGCUCCAAUCAGGACCAGUACACCGGCUGGUACUCCUCCUGGAUCCCCAACAAGGCUCGCCUCAACAACCAAGGCUUUGGGUGUGCAUGGCUGUCCAAGUUCAAUGACCAGCACCAGUGGAUCCAGAUUGAUCUGAGGGAGGUGGGGGUGGUGUCUGGUAUCCUCACCCAGGGCCGCUGUGACGCUGAUGAGUGGAUUACUAAAUACAGCAUCCAGUAUCGUACUGUGGAUACUCUUAACUGGAUCUAUUACAAAGACCAGACAGGAAACAACAGGGUUUUCUAUGGGAACUCUGACCGCUCCUCCACGGUGCAGAACCUGCUGCGUCCACCUAUCGUGGCUCGUUAUAUCCGCCUGCUGCCACUGGGCUGGCACACCCGCAUCGCCAUGAGGAUGGAGCUGUUGAUGUGCAUGAGCAAGUGUGUGUGAGGUGUACACAGUCUGCUUUUUCUCCUCAUCAUCCAUCCUUCCCCUGCCAACCUGCUGCUUGCCAAAGGGGGACAUUGGUCCAGCUUUCUGAGAUGACCUUCAUUUCCUCAGUGUGUCCGUCUUUAUUUAGUGAGGCUCAAAGCAAACUAAGUCUCGGGCAGGUGGACAUGUCUGGUGUCCUUUGAUGCACUAUUUUAUCUGUCUUAAUAUCUCUAUAUAAACACUAGAUUGGACACCUUUUUUAACGAUAAAGGA